UGGAGAGGGUGGGGGGGAGAGAUAAGAGAGAGAAGAGGAAAAGGAGAGAGGAGAAGGAAGGAAGAAGAAGGAAGGAAGGGGACAAUACGAUCAUGCUGUGCUGUAUGAGAAGAACAAAACAGGUUGAAAAAAAUGAGGACGGGGACCAAAAGAUCGAGCAAGAUGGCAUCAAACCAGAAGAUAAAGCUCAUAAGGCAGCCACCAAAAUCCAGGCCAGCUUCCGCGGACACAUAACAAGGAAAAAGCUCAAGGGGGAGAAGAAGGGAGAUGCCCCGGCAUCCGAGGCUGAUGCCGCCGACAAGAAGGAGGAAGGCCCUGCUGGCGGAGCGGCCGAGAACAAAGAGAGCGAGGCUCCCACUGCCACAGAAGCGGCCGCCGCUGACAGUGCCCAGCUGGAGGAGGGCAGCAAAGACAGCAGCGCGCCAGCGGAGGAGAAAAAAGGGGACGGAGCCGCCGACACGGGCUCAGAGCAGCCAGCCCCACAGGCUGCCACCCCUGCUGCCUCCUCGGAGGAGAAGCCUGCUGCUGCCGCCGCCGAAACGGAAAGUGCCACUAAAGCUUCCACUGAUAACUCGCCGUCCUUGAAGGCUGACGAAGCCCAAGACAAAGAGGAGCCUAAACAAGCCGACGUGCCUGCUGCUGACACCACUGCCACCACCACCCCUGCUGCAGAGGAUGCUACUGCCAAGGCAACAGCGCAACCCCAAAUGGAGACAGUGGAGAGCAGCCAAACCGAAGAGAAGACAGAUGCUGUAGAAGAAACCAAACCUACUGAAAGUGCCCAGCAGGAAGAGGUGAAAGAAGAAGAGAGCAAGGCGGACCAAGAAAAUGCCUGAACAUUAAGAAAUGACUCCCCAUUGCCCCUCCCUCCCUCCCCCUAUCUUCUAUCCUUCCUUCCCAUUCCAAUCUCGAUCUCCCCCCUUCCUGCUCACAUCUGUGAGCCUGUCCGUCCCUCUCCCAUUCCCACUUAAACCCUUUUUCUCUCUGUGUGGCAAACAUUUAAAAAAAAAAAAAAAAAAAAAAAGCAGGAAAAAUCCCAGUCAAACAGUGUGGCUUAAACAUUUCUUUGUUUCUUGGUGUUGUUAUGGCGAGUUUUUUGGUAAUGAUGAUCCAAUCAUUUUGGGAAAAUUCUUGCACUGUAUCAGAGUUCUUUGACCUGGCGCGUGCGUGUGUCUGUCUGCCCACCGCGAGCGCGCUCUCUCUCUCUCUCUCUCUCCUCUCUCUCUUCUCCAAGUGUGUGUGUGCGCAAUGUUACGUUCAUCCGAGGAGUCCAGACUUACCGAGUGAGUUAAAACAAAAGAGGAAAGAAAAAAAAAAAAAAAAUUCCUUUUCUUCCUUUUUCAAUGUGAUGGAAUGAACGAAAGAAAAAAAAAAAAAAAAAGACCAAACCAAACAAACAAAUGAAUGAAAAAUCGUACUAAACCCCAGUUUGUUUUCAGAACUAGAACAACAAAAAAAAUGUGCCAAUUAGCGUAAUGCUUGGCUCCAGGCUCCUUUUUCAAACUGAACAAUAAUUAUAAUAAAUGAGAAUAAUGAUCAUUAAUACUACCGUGUCGCAUUUCUAUGCUGCUGUACAUCCUGCUGGCCUGCCAGCUGAAUGGUGGGCCACUUCUUGCACGGCCCCACUGUGCUCCUUGGCCAUGAGUCAGUGACCGACCCACUCCCUAGCACUGCUGAGGGGGUUUUUAAGGGAAGCAGGCUUGGAUUUUGAGGGAGGUCUUAGCACCAGCUAACAUAAAUAAUGAAAGUAGCAAAGUCAAAUUUCACUGAAUUUUUUUAGAGUUGGAAGGGACCGUAGAGAUCAUCUAGUCCAAAGAACAAAAUAAGCAGCCCUCUAGGACACCUGUAGGCCCUGAUUUGGAGAAGCAUGGUGACGGAGGGAUGACCCCAGGCAGCCCUGUGGGUCCCAGCAGAGGAACCAGCUUUGGUCCAUGCUGAAGGUCUAACCCCUGCCAAGGGCCACACCGAGGGCUCUAAGGGGAGAGAGUCCUGGGGCCUGAGCUCCCCCCAGCAGCAGCAUGAUGCUGACCCCACUGGGCUGUGGUUGGAGAAGUCAUUGAGAAACAUAGUGUAGCCCUCCAAAAAUGUUGUUUGGCAAAAUAAAUUGGGUAAAUUGGUACAUAGGCAGGACAAGGUCUGGUAGCAUCAGUUGAGAGCACUUUGAGAAAUACCUCGUUUCUGCUCCCUGGUGAAACCCGGGUUGGGUGACCCAGGUCUAAUGAGGACCAAGGCUUUUAGCUGUUUUUUAUGCCCUUCCUCCACAGCCAGCUAAAAGCCUGGUGCAGGCUUGGUGCCGCGGGCAGAGCACCACCUUGUCCAUCUCCACUGCCACUUUCCACGGGGUGUGGGAUGUUCCCUGGUGCGUGCCAACUGCAUGCCCAUAGACCCAGGCUGUACUGGUGGAGGACUGAGAGAUGCCCAGCCCUGAGGCUGAAUGGCUGUGGGGAUCUGCUGUUCUGUUCAUGAGCUACAAGAGGGAACAGUUAAAGUGAAUUCACUAAUAGGUGGGCUUUCAUAAAAGCCCAGUUAUUGCUCUGUCACUGCCCUGAUUAUUAGCAUGUGCUUCCCCACCAGCUUGUGCAGGGUUUCCUGGGUGCUCUGCAGGUUUGCUGUACAGCGCUGCAGGGCCACGAUUAAAUUGGCCUCACAGCAGUUACACCAAAAAGAUGGGUCUGCUGACAGCCCCACCGGCCCUUGGUGGUUGAUGCUUGGAGUGGCCGCCCCACAGCCUUCAGAGGGCUCGUUGGCCCUCCCUGCCCCACUCCUUUGUUCUCCUCCAUCUCUUCGUUGGAAAUAGGGAGAAAAGAUGAACAGUGUCUCCUCAGAGAUGAUCGGUUUGAACAUAGACCGCUCACUGGAAGUGCCAUCAAAAGGCAUCAGGAUUCAUUUCAUGUGCUUCCUGGCGUUGUGUAGAAAUAAGAGAGAGAGAGAGUGGGAGGAUUUUAAAAAAAGAGAGGGAAAGAGAGAGUGGGAGAGAGAUUGGACAGAGAUUUUUAAAAACAGGGAUUAGAGAGAUGAGGGGGGGAAAGAUUUUCGAGUGGAUAGAUGGAUGAUAGGGAGAGAGAGGGGAGUAUAGCUAGAGUAAGAAAGAUUAGAGUGAAAAAGAUGAGAGAGAGACAGGAAGAAAUUAGCUAACAUGGAGCAAUAGAUGAUUGAUAGAGAUAGUGAAACGUAGCUAGCUAAAGUAGAUUAGACAGACUAAAUAGGUAGAAGGAUGGGCUGACUGACAGAUAGGUAUUGUGUCAUACUUCAUAAACGAUAUAUAUGCUAAUAUUCCCAUGUCAUGAUGGGUGGUAAACCCUGAGACACCUUCCAGCCUGACCUCAAUUCAGCAGAUGUAGCGCGGACAUCAGGCAUUGCUUGGACCGUAUGUCAGGUCUCACCACCCUGCCCGUUUCUGCCGCGGAAGGGGCAGGGGGGUGGAUGGUGUUUGGGGAGGGAGAGCGCUCUGAUGGACACGGGGGGCCGAGGCGUAGGGAGGAGAGGCGUAGAGUAUGUUUGCUGUUCGUAGCACACGAGGUGCUCAGCCCAGCUCGGACGUUGCAGAACGCCCCGUGUCUCUAGCACUGAGUCGAGAGAAAACUGAGGUUCAGCUCUCAGGAUUUGUGGGAGAGGUGUUUGGGAGGAGGUAGGAAGGAGAAAGAGAGCAUGGUUUUUGUUUAGCCUCAUCUCCUGUCAUGACCAUUUAAAAGCGUUUUCUUAAGGACUGUCUUGCCUGUUUCUGCAAAGACCGUGUGGUCUCCCUGCUCUUCUGACUUCAGACCCCAAACUUUUCAUCUUACCUCCACUUUACUAUUACUAUUUUUAACUUUAUAAGGAAAAGAAAACUGCCUCUCAUGUCUUCCUGGACAUAGGCCUUCCUCCCUCCUCAAAAAACCAGAAACAUUUUUCUCUCCCCAGAGAUGUUUUAGCUUUGCAUUUCGCAUGUUGCCUCCCCCUUGGCUGAUGGUUGGGGCAUCGUGCGCGUUUUGUCACCAUUCUUAAGAACAUACUUUGCCAUGUUGCUUAGAGAACAAAGGGUUGCGUUUUGUGUUUUGGGUUUUUUCCCCCACAAAGAGAACGGGGUAUGUGGUUACCAACUGCAAACCUAAAUAAUUUAGAUACUAAUUCCUCUCCCUUGGUUCCAGUUUAAAAUUACUGGCUGUAACCAAGCACACCCCCCCCAUCUUUCUUAUUGUACCGUGUCCUGAUCCUGCCAGAGAGUCAGGGCAAAGAGAGCGUGAGAGAGAGCACACAGACAAACCCUGCCUUGAGCAGGCAGUGGCUUAAUGUGUAAUACACAAGGUUUGUAUAGGAAGCUGGGCUGUCUUCAGGGUACAGGAAGAGAGCAGAGAAAAGCAUUUGGAUUUCCUCGAGUUGCCUCUUCAGCCAGAUUUUUAAAAGGCUGAAAGGAAACAGUAUAAAGGAUAUAGCAUGGGACGGAAGCUGGAAGGAGAACAGGGGUAUUUGAGGAACAAUUUUUCUAGCAGGGUAUCAAGUGAGCUGAGAGCAGCACAAGAGGCAGGAGGUCCCAGAAGUAAAGAGUGGAGCAAAGAGUACCCAGCAGAGUAGUUGGAGCUUUUCCUGAUGCAACAACCAACACAAAUUCCCCAGGGAGUAAAUACCUAAUCCUCUCUCCCUGAAGAGGAUUUGCCUGGAGGUGUCUGUGGUUGUUACUUUAUGUAUGGAGAGGGAAGGGCUUGUCGGAAUGACUCGCACUGGGAAAAUGGUGCCUGACCUCACGUAGAGUGCUGUGGAAAUUCAGAGUCCAAGAGGGGCUUUUCCCAUGCCCCUAUAGUAAGAUAUGCUAGUGAUCCACAUCUAUACUGAAUGCUUGUACCAGCUGUAGGCCAGCUCUUGACAUUUCACCUCAUCUAGACUAAGCCUUGGAAAAGUAUAAAAAAAUCCCAACCUAACACCCCUCCCGCCCCCCAUCGAUGCAGUAGGUCAUUCUCAUGAAUUUGGUCUGCUUUGCAAGGCUUGUGGCACCUGCAGACUAUCUGCAUUGAUAGCGUAUAAAAACCCACAGCCCUUGCAAUAGUUGCAUCAGCCAAGAAGCUCCACUGUGAGCCACAUUCCAAAGGGAGAGGAAGGGCACGCUGCUGAGAUCCCUUCAGACCCGGUAUUUUCCAACCCCAAACCCUAAUGCGGCCCCACGAGAGGCCUUAGCUAGAAGGAACUCACCUAUGGUGACAAUGUAAACACCAUCACUUGGGGAACGUGUCACUCCAAAUGAAAGAAAUGGCCAUGACCGGAGGAGAGGGUUUUAGAAAGAAAGAAAGGAAAGAAGAAAAAAAGAAAGAGAGAGUUCAUACCAAACUCCCCACGGGAGUGAUUUCUUUUUUCCUGCACUCUCCGAAUGGCAAACUGCUGCAUGAGGCUUUUUGUACCGAAGGUCUGGUGUUUGUCAUAGGUGUCUUAGGAAGGAAAGAGAGCGGCUGUGGUUUGUGGAGGUGGAAGGAAGGGUCUGAAUGAAUGUUUUUGUGGCCACUCUUGGCUAAGAAGUCCAUUCAGUGGUUGCCUGCAGCUCAGCAAUGCAGGGGAGUGGUGGUGGUGGUGGUGGUGGUCCUCUUCCAGGCCUGUGCUCAGAUUCCCUGCUUUUCCGCAUUGCCACAUUAGCACUUUCACUGGAUAUUUAGAGCACCUCAGGACUGGUUCUCCUCUCGCUCACACUGGGGUAACUCAGGAGUCGCUCCACUGGAACCAGUGGUGUUAAUCUGGUGUGAAAAUAAUGCGAGAGGAGGAUUCAACUCCUCGGGGGGGGGAUUUUCCAGGUCCCCGAGGGGGAAAAAAAAAUCAAUGGGAGUUACAUGUCUAACUGCCACUUGUGCCUGUGAAAGUCUGCCCCUUACCUACCCGUAUGUAUAUAGGGUACAGUUUUCAGAAUAACCUAAGUGACGUGGGCACUUGAGAGCACACAUUUCACUGGCUUUCAAAGAUACAUAAGCUCCUAAGGCCCAGAUGCUGGAGGAUGGCUAAACUCCUCUCUGAAGCAAAUUUGGGGUCUUGGGCCUAAAAUUCUCCGGUCACUUUCCAAAUUGGAACUGAAGAUCCUGAGUCAUUUAGGUGGUCCUGAAAGCACUACCCUCUAUCCAUUUUUCAGGGUGUUGAUCUCAGGUCAUGUGCGAGCCUGCAUUCUUGCCUACAACGCUUUAUUACUACAUUCCUCUGUUGAGCAAUACUUGGAAGAAGAGGUGAAGGUUGAGAUUUGCAGAACAGGCUAGUGAUCCCAGUGGCUCACGUCUGGAGUGCCCAACUUGAGAGACACCUUGCUGGGGCCCAAUCCACAGGUCCCCCCCGUGUACUCUGAACAUCAAGAUUCAUGUAUUACACACCCAGAACCACUGGUCACUUCCCAAAAAGAAUCCCAGCCUGAGACCUAGACUACUCUCACAAAAGAAAAUCCUAGGUGAACCGUUCAUCCAAUAGCUUGGUUUUUCUGCUCAUGCCUGUUCCCAAUGAACGAAACACAUCCCUGUGCAUCACCUAAGCCCUAUUUUGAGGAGUUACACUGGCAUACAGCUGAAGUAACAGUAGUAAAUCGGGGCCUGAAGAAGGCGGCUACAGCCUAGAGAGUAUCAAGAACUGUGACGUGUCUGGAAGCUAAUAAGAGCAGAACUUGACGAUUAGAGCGGCCCAUUUCCGAUGCUCUUGUGUGAGGAUCUGGAAAGAGUCUCUCACUCAUUGUACUUGUGCAUUAUGAAUGUGUCCAUCUGCAGAGAUCUAAUGUACACAUAUGUCCUGAAUAUUGUCCUAAGGUUGCAAGCUUCAAAAAUGAGCAGAAAACAUUCCCGAGAAGUGAGAAUAAUACAGAUGUCUGUAUUUGAAAAAUUGGUUCAAAUAAAGUCUCUCACUUAUA